AUGAAUGCUAAAGAUGCAAUGAAAUUCAUGGGGUUAUGCAACUAUUAUAGGAAAUUUGUACAGGGAUUCUCCAGAAUAAGUUCACCAAUUAAUGAAUUUAUGGCUGAACAUUGCCAAUGGGGAGAAACACAAGAUGAAGCUAUACAAAGAGCUCAAAACAAAGAAAUAAUUGGCAUUGCAGGUUAUGACAAACUGACUCAAAAAUUUGAUAUAUAUUGGCUGGACUGCCACCCAGGCCAUUCAAGUUCAUUAACAAAGAAAAUGUUUUUCCAUUAUGUACCUGAAAUUCAAAGGAAUUCAUUACUUGCAAAUUUGCGUGUCUGGUAUCCUGAUUUAGUUUGA